CAACAAGUGUGGCCUAUUCGCAGCAGGAGGUGGACUGGCUCCCUCAACGCCAAAUAAGAUUUCAAAACUAGAACCUGCUAUGGAUCACAGCCAGGUCCAGAAUGGGAAUCCUCAGGUAGCAAUGCAAGAACUUUCUAUGGAUAACAGCCAGAUCCAUAAUAUGAUUCCUGAUACACUUAUAGUAGAACCCACUAUGGAUUACAGCCAGGUCCAGAAUGUGAAUUCACAGGUACCAGAACUAGAACCUGCUGAAGGCUGCAGCCAGGUCCAGAGUGUGAUUCCUCAGAUACCAAAACUAGAACUUGAUAUGGAUUACAGCAAGAAGCAGAAUAUUAUUUUUAAGGAAGAAAAAAUAGACUCUACUAUGGAUUGCAGCCAGGUCCACAAUGUGAUUCUUCAGGUACCAAUACUAGAACCUCCUAUGAAUUACAGCCAAGUCCAGAAUCUGGUUACUCAGGUACCAAUACUAGAACCUGCUAUGGAUUACAGCCAGGUUCAGAAUGUGAUUCUUCAGCUACCAAUAUUAGAGGCUGGUAUGGUUAACAGCCAUAUCGAGAACUUGAUUACUCAGUUACCCAUUCUAGAACUUGCUAUGCAUUACAGCCAGCUCCCGAUUGUGGUUCCUCAGAUACCAAAACUAGAACCUCCUAUAAGUUCCAACCAGUUCCAGAAUGUGAUUCCUCAGGUAACAGUACUAGAACCUGGUAUGGUUAACAGCCAGGAACAGAAUGUGAUUCAUCAGGUACCAAUACUGGAGCUUGCUAUGGUUAACAUCCAGGUCCAGAAUGUGAUUCUUCAGGUACCCAUACCAGAACCUGCAAUGGAUUACAGCAAAGUCCAGAAUACUAGACCCAUCAGUGGAUUACAACAUCCAAGUCCAGCUGCUACUGGAGAUAUGCCAGUUUACCAGAUCCAUACAGCAAGCUCUGCUUUGCCACAAACAGUUGUAGUGGCAGCAGCACCAACAAACAUGCACAGCCCACAGCAUGUGACGGAAGAAGUAACACGCAAGAGGGAAGUGCGGCUUAUGAAAAAUAGAGAAGCAGCUCGGGAGUGUCGCAAAAAGAAGAAAGAAUAUGUCAAGUGCCUUGAAAAUCGAGUGGCCGUGCUUGAGAACCAAAACAAGACUCUGAUUGAGGAGCUGAAGGCACUUAAAGAUUUAUAUUGUCAUAAAGCAGAAUAAAUGUUUGGCUUUGAACUUUGUUAGAGGCAUGACACUGAGCAUUUUUCAAUCCGGAUCUCAAAAAUGGACUGUAAGCCCAAGACGGACUCUAUGUUGAUGUGGGUUUCUUAAAGAGUUAGGAGUGUUUCUUCUUCUUUUUAUUUUUUUUUAUUGCUUUUUAUUUUUUUUAUUGCUUUUAUCAGUACAACUGCAUGCACAUGUGUGUUGGUAUUUUUGGAUUUUCCCUUCUACAGGGAAGUUGCAAAGGCCUCUCCUCUCCAGAAAAAAACUCUACAUUAGAAGCUUGGAGAGUUGUGUUGCUGAGCUGGAAUCCAAAACCUAGAUAUUGCAAGAAAUAUUAUACCUCCUCAAAAAGAUGUCUUCUUGCAGCAGAGAUUAAAGCAGUUUUAACUAUUUAAAAAACCCUCA